CUUCUAGAGAAGUGACCUUAGCGCACUGCAUUUGUACCAUAGUUCAACUCGGAGAAUUUCCAAGAUGUCGAUGUCAAAUGAUCCGGGCCAUUUCUUUCAGACUGAGACAGCUCUGGCUAACGCCAAACGACGCUCUGCAAAGUCCUCUAAUAAGAAUGGUUCUCCAAUACCCUUGGCUUCUAAGCUCCUUUCGAUUAUUCCGGAUUUAACCUCUUCAAUGCGUGUUUAUAUCGCCGAAAGCGGCGGAAUCACGCGUAGAGUAGACCUUGAAUCGGGCGAUAAGUCAUGCACUUACAAGGGUCACACGGCACCAGUAACCUCCCUUGCACUUAAUACUGCUCAAGGGAUUCUAUUUACGGGCUCAUGGGAUAAAACGAUCAUCACAUAUUCGACAGAAACACGUCAGAAACUUCGUACUUUUGCCGGUCACUCAGAUUUCGUAAAGAGCCUUCUCUUUGUUCCUUCUCCGAAACACGAGGGUGGGCUACUCUUCUCUGGGUCAAGCGAUGCGUCAAUCGUAAUUUGGGACGCCGGGACAGGUCAGAGAUUGAAUACUUUGAAGGGGCAUAAUAGAGCUGUGAGGGCACUUGCAGUAGAUCCGAUUACUUCAAAUUCCGAGGCCGCUAUUAUUUAUUCCGGUGGUAGCGAGCGGGAUAUCAAGCGCUGGGAGAUCCCUUACGCAAAUGUCAGCGCAACUACCGAGAGCAGUGAAACUAUCAUGGAACACGACACCAGUGUUAACAUGAUCAGGUUUCAAGGAGAAGACGCGGAGAUGUGGACUGCGUCUGCGGAUAACACUGCUCGGAAGAUUGAUAUCCGGACUGAGACUAAAAAGAACGGCACUUGUCGUAGUGAAGCUGUUCUAAGGCACCCAGACUACGUUAACGAUGUAGUUGUGGAGCCAAGAGGAAGAUGGAUUAUCACGGCUUGUAGAGAUGAAGCAGUCCGCAUAUGGGAUAUUAGUACUGGUGAACUUUAUCACAUAUAUGAUGGACAUAUCGAAGAGGUUACAGGCUUAGCUAUCGUCGGCAAUGGUGAGAUGGUGGCCAGUAUAUCAAUUGACAAUACAGUGCGGACAUGGUCUCUGCGACCCGUGGAUCUGAUGAAAGCCGUGGAGGAUAAAAGGGUACAGGAGCAAGGGAUGGAAGAGGAACCAGUACAGGAAAGGAAAGAGGGUUUCCUCACAGAGGAGGAGGAGAGAGAGUUGGCAGAGUUGAUGGAUGAUGAUGACUAGUAUGUAUCUAAAGCAAUUUACAAGUCUACAAUGGUGUA